UUUGUAGAAUCUCACUGCUGUAAUGUUGCACUUCUCUCUGCUUCUGGCUGGAAACCAUCCUCCAAAGCCUCGAAAGUCUUUUCCUUCAUUUUGUCUUUAGAAGUCACAGCAGUUUCUUUUCCAGAGCUUUGUUGUUCUGGGGUGUUUUGAUUAUUUUUGAUGGUGCACAGAAGACAUCCUGAGAUGAAAGAGGAUUUAUUGACUGUAGAUAAAUCAUAAUAUUUUGGACCAUGGUUGGAGGCCUGUCUGCAGGGGUUCAUGUGAUGGGUGAAAUCAAGAUUGGUCCAUGAAGAAUGGGCAGGUGUCAAAGGUAGAGGGAGGCCUGGUGCUGUCAGUACCGCUGCUGGUCAACAUCAUGACAUCAGAAGCCUGUUCAUCACAUCCGUUCUGCUUCAUCAAUAUAUUAUUAAGUUACCAGACAUGGCUUCACCUGAUUUGGGUUCUGCUGGCGGGUAUCAGUCCGGUCUCACAAGCCCAGCAGGGAACCCAGCCUCAGUCCAUCAAAAUCGAGGGGGACAUCACCCUGGGAGGGCUCUUUCCUGUACAUUCUCGAGGCCCAGUUGGGGUCCCCUGUGGUGAGAUCAAGAGAGAAAAGGGGAUCCACCGACUGGAAGCCAUGCUGUACGCCUUAGACCAGAUCAACAGUGACCCCGACCUGCUGCCGAACAUCACUCUCGGAGCUCGGAUCCUGGACACCUGCUCCAGAGACACCUAUGCCCUGGAGCAGUCGCUCACCUUUGUCCAGGCCCUCAUACAGAAGGACAACUCAGAUGUGCGCUGCUCAAAUGGAGAGCCCCCCAUAAUUCCCAAACCAGAGAGGGUGGUUGGGGUGAUCGGGGCGUCUGGGAGCUCGGUGUCCAUCAUGGUGGCCAACGUGCUCAGACUCUUUGCAAUCCCCCAGAUCAGCUAUGCCUCCACUGCCCCAGAGCUGAGCGACAAGAGCCGCUACGAGUUCUUCUCCCGCGUGGUGCCUCCUGACUCCUACCAGGCCCAGGCCAUGGUGGACAUAGUCAAAGCCAUGGGUUGGAACUACGUCUCCACGCUGGCCUCUGAGGGCAACUAUGGAGAGAGUGGUGUGGAUGCCUUCCUACAGAUAUCCAGAGAAGCAGGAGGACUGUGUAUUGCACAGUCCAUAAGGAUCCCCAGAGAGCCCAGACCUGGAGAGUUUGACAAAGUAAUCAAGAGACUGAUGGAGACUUCUAAUGCUCGUGGAGUCAUCAUCUUUGCCAACGAGGACGAUAUAAAACGGGUGUUGCAGGCUGCAAAAAAGGCCAACCUGACAGGGCACUUCCUAUUUGUUGGAUCUGACAGUUGGGGGGCCAAAAACUCCCCCAUUGAAGACCAGGAAGACGUAGCUGAAGGUGCUGUCACCAUCCUCCCCAAAAGAGCCUCUAUUGAUGGGUUCGACCAGUACUUCACUUCGAGGUCUCUAGAAAACAACAGAAGAAAUAUGUGGUUUGCAGAGUUUUGGGAGGAUGACUUCAAGUGCAAACUGACUCGGCCUGGCAUUAAAUAUGAACCUGGUAGAAGAAAAUGUACAGGUGAUGAGAGAAUCAGUCGAGACUCUCAGUAUGAGCAGGAGGGCAAGGUGCAGUUUGUGAUUGAUGCUGUGUACGCCAUGGCCCAUGCCUUGCACAGCAUGCACAUAGACCUCUGUCCCGGUUCCAUGGGAGUCUGUGAGAAAAUGGACCCUGUGGAAGGUCGGAUGCUCCUCAAGUACAUUCACUCUGUAAACUUCAAUGGAAGCGCAGGAACUGGAGUGAUGUUUAACGAGAAUGGAGAUGCUCCUGGCCGGUACGACAUCUUCCAGUACCAAAUGUCCAAUGUCAGCAACCCCGGCUACAGGGUCAUUGGUCAAUGGACAAACCACCUGCGACUUAAUGUCGAGGAGAUGCAGUGGUCAGGAGGUGACAAUAAGAUCCCAGAGUCAGUGUGCAGUUUCCCCUGUGAGCCUGGUGAAAGGAAAAAGAUGGUGAAAGGCGUUCCCUGCUGCUGGCACUGUGAGCUUUGUGAUGGCUACCAGUACCAGCUGGAUGAAUUCACCUGUGAUAUGUGUCCUUUCGACAUGAGACCCUUCAAGAACCGAACGGGCUGUCGGCCCACACCCAUCAUCAAGCUGGAAUGGAGCUCUCCUUGGGCAAUCAUCCCUGUCUUCCUGGCAAUCCUGGGCAUCCUGGCCACCACCGGAGUCAUUGCCACAUUCAUCCGAUUCAACGACACACCCAUUGUUCGGGCUUCUGGCAGAGAGCUCAGCUAUGUCUUGUUGACAGGCAUCUUCCUCAUCUACCUCAUCACCUUCCUCAUGAUUGCAGAGCCCAGUGUGGCUGUGUGCGCCUUCCGCAGGCUGCUGCUGGGGCUGGGCAUGUGCAUCAGCUAUGCUGCCAUGCUCACCAAGACUAACCGGAUCUACCGCAUCUUUGAACAGGGCAAGAAGUCAGUCACACCUCCCAAGUUUAUCAGCCCCACCUCACAGCUGAUCAUCACCUUCAUACUCAUCUCGGUGCAGGUACUUGGGGUGUUCAUCUGGUUUGCUGUGGAGCCCCCUCACACCAACAUCGACUACGAGGAGCAGAAGCCUCCAAAUCCUGAGUUCGCCAGAGGAAUCCUCAAGUGUGACAUGUCCGACCUGUCCCUAAUAUUGUGUCUGAGCUACAGUAUCGUGUUGAUGAUCACAUGUACGGUGUAUGCAAUCAAGAGCAGAGGAGUUCCCGAGACCUUCAACGAGGCCAAGCCAAUCGGCUUCACCAUGUACACCACCUGUAUCAUCUGGCUGGCCUUUGUGCCCAUCUUCUUUGGCACGGCGCAGUCUACGGAGAAGAUGUUCAUCCAAACCACCACUCUGACGGUGUCCAUGAGCCUGAGCGCCACCGUAUCCUUGGGCAUGCUCUACAUCCCCAAGGUUUAUGUCAUCAUCUUCCACCCGGAGCAGAACGUCCAGAAGAGGAAGCGCAGCUUCAAAGCCGUGGCGCAGGCGGCCACCGUGUCCACGCACCUGUCCCAGAAAUCCAACGACAAACAGAACGGGGAGUCCAAGAUGGAGCCCGACAGGUCCCAGUGACACGAAGCAAAACGAGCCAGAAAUCGGCACUUAGGUCGUUUCUUACUGGACUGUUUGCUUCUAAACUUUAAUUAUGGACUGAAACACCAGCAACGAUGAGGUUUCUUCUCACACUUUAGAUAAUUCUACUCAGCCCGGAAUGAAGCACAAAGGAAUGAGAACUUUGUAGCGCACAUACACACAUGAACUAUGAGGAUAACGAGCCAUGUUGACUUCAAACUGAGCUUUUUUCUUUUUGUAACAUCCACAUAAACACCCCAAUUGACAAAAAAGGUAUUGUUAGUGUUAACUCUCCUUAUAAAACCUGUUAAACUCAAACGGAAACCCUUGCCCUGGAGGAAAAUGUUCAUGUAUGUGGAAUCCUUUGGGGCUGAUAAAGCAGAACCAUUUACUGGCUCCACGUGCACUGCAUGGAUUGUGUGUUAAAUGUGUACACGAAUGUUAUGAAAUAUUGUUUUUAAAGGUGUUGCGACAGUUUCUCAUUGCACUGACAGGAAGUAGCUUUUUAAAUGCACCGUGUAAGAGCCAUGGGAGGUUAAUAUUACAGAUCUAUAAUCGGUCAAUGAUCCAUCACUGACGCAGCACAAUAUUUAGUUUUAAUCAGUGUUGUGACAUAAGCUGGAUUUAAUUGUUGAAAUCUGAAUUUAAUGGAUGCAAACAGGAUACGUGUGAUUGCGAACAGGAUGUUUAUUCCCUACCUGGUACUUUUCUCCUUGGUGGAAAACAAUGUUUGGCAUUUCCCCAUAUUGUUUGUCUGCGUAAAGGUCAGAUUUAAUGGGAAAAUGCCAGGAAUAAAGCUUUUAUCCUCUUGCACAGGAACCUGAGGUUUAGGUCGUAGGCUGCAUCUGAUUUGUGCCAUAACAAGAAAAGAUAAUAAAUAAAUUGUUUAAGAAAACAUUAAAAAUCGUCGACGUGACGCUGAAGACGUGACUGAAUCUGUAACGGUGUCCUCCGUCAGUGUUUUAGUAAUGCUGCGCUUUGUUACCCAUCUCGAAUAGUUUUGACUGGAUUUUUGAGGAUUUCCUCCUGUACCGAUGCAGCGUUUUCAUUAUAAAUGGAUUCAGGAGAUGUUUAGUCUGCCAGACAUACGUCCUCACGACAAAAUGCUUUUACUGCCCUCUGCUGGACAGUCCAGCUCACUGACCAGCUUGUAAAUAGAAAAGAAGGAAUUGCUUGCAGAACGCCACACAAACCUUAGUAAAAUAGUUUUUUUAUUUCAGUUAGCUCACAUCUGGCAAGGCAGACAAACUAAAAAUACCUACCUACUGUAUAUCCCUAUGUAGGUUGAUAAGGGGAUCUGUGACAAAUCAUUACAUAAUAUGGAGGAAAUCUGCUGAAAAUUGGUAAAUAAAUGACG